UUAUGUAAACCAUAUCAAAACAAAGUAUUCGAAGGCAGAUGCAACUGAAAUUUCGAAUUUGUCGCAAUAAUUUAAAAAAUUGAAAUAAUCUUCGUCCGCCUUUUGUUGAUAUUUUAAUCAAAUAAAUAAGUAACAUUUAUAUAGAUUAAUAUUUCUGAUAUAAAGCUCAGUUAGGAAAGUGUAACAGUAAAUAUGUCGAAUAUAGAUGACAGAAACGAUGCGGCUGCCGUGCGGGUUAUUGUGCGUGAAAAGCCCGCUCGAGAUUCACAGACCACAAGUGUAAUUUCAUACCUUGAAUGCAGUGCAAAUAUUUUGGUGGCAGACGGUAGACCCUUUACUUUCGAUAAGGUGUUAGUUCCAGCGGCCACUCAGGAGGAAUUGUUUCGUGACAUUCGCCCUCUGGUCGAUAAGGUAAAAAAGGGCUACAAUUGUACAGCAUUAGCAUAUGGCCAAACAGGAACUGGAAAAUCUCAUUCGAUGGGACUAAACUCAAGCUCUUCUGCAGGUGAGGACGUCGGAAUUAUACCCAGAUGCUUGUUGGAGAUACUGCAAACAGAUGUGUUGGGACCUGAAAGCAGCUUUAGUUCAGAAGUUCCAGUUCAAAUAUACGCCUCUUUUAUUGAAAUUUAUAAUGAAAAGGUUUUCGAUUUGCUGAGUGAAAAUACCAACGUACCGAUUAUAGCGCGAGGAUACAAAUAUACUGGCGGCACUCGAAAAGUACUCAAAACUAUGGACGAUUGCCACUGUGUCCUUCAACAAGGCAAUAAGAAUCGGCAUGUUAGGCCAACUAAAAUGAAUUCUCAAAGUUCACGAUCACAUGCAAUUUUCACGAUUCAUGUUCACACUGUUUCCGAAAAAGGCGUCAUUAAUACAAGACUAAAUUUAGUCGAUUUAGCAGGUUCGGAAGGUGUACGUAGAACGGGCCACCAAGGAGUUGCUAUGUCGGAAGGUGUUAACAUUAAUCAGGGUCUUCUCUCAAUUGGUAAAGUUUUGCAGGCCAAAGCGCUCGGUCACAAAGUUAUUCCAUAUCGCGAUAGCGUGCUAACAUCAGUUUUGCAAGAUUCCCUUAAUGAAAACUCUUAUUUAACACUUUUGGCUUGUAUAAGCCCUCAUCGUGCUGAUCUCACAGAAACUUUAUCAACUCUUCGUUUUGCUCAAAGUGUGAAGCAAUUGAAACACUCGCCCCAUAUUAGUGUAAUACUAGCUGAAUCAAAGAAAAACCGAAUGAAAACUCCGAAGAAACCUACCAUAACGCCUGUCCCCAAGAAGCGACAAUUUUGCGGAAUAGCUGUAAGCCUGGAUCAUAAGGCGCUAAAGGCUGGAUAUCACAGUAACACAUUUUGUACUCCAAGCAAGUUAAAACGAAAUAAUAUCGUCGAUAAACUGAACCAAUCUGAAAUGGGACUUACACCAAAACAAACAGAAAAGGCGCGAACAGGCAUGCAUGCUCCUUUGGUUCCCGAACUCUCUACGAUACAGUCAAAUUUUCCCUCAAGAAAUCGGGAAUCAAGUAUUCUAAUGGAUCAGUCUCUCGAUUCCCGCGCCUCAAUAAUAAGUUUAAACGUAUCAUCAUCAACAAUAUUUGGAAAUGAUGGGCCAACAUCAAGUAAAACUCUAAGUUAUAGUCCAAUAGUGCGUAAAUGUAUGGCAGAAAUCGAAAAUGUUAUGGAAAGUAAAAUGUCGCAAUUUUUAGAAACUCUUAAAGAUCUAAGUAAAGAGAAUUUCAAUCAGCAAACUACAAUUAUGGAAAAAAACCGUAGUUCUACUCCAUGGACAACCGAUUCCGCUAGUGCUGGCGCGCUACCGUUUGUUAGUCGUGAAGAAUUCAAAACUAUUAUGCAAGAAGUAUGGAAAGAAAAUGUCGUGAAAGCAAAGAAUACACCUUUAAGCAAUGGAAAUGGUUCCGAAUCAAUGUUGUUAGAGUCCUCUCUUAUAGGAAAAUAUCCCAAAUGCCAGCUGUUUACAACAAGCAGUCCGGUUUUCAAAGUCCCUGCUGUACCUACUAAAGGAACUGCUGGUGCUGAAGAGCCUGCUGAAAUUCUAUAUUUACCUGCAAAUGCUUCUGAAGCCCAUGAGGAUUCUACAUGUAGUAAAGUAGAAAUGCGACGAUCUCGACGGAUUUCACAACGGCUACAAUAUAACUCAUUUACCAAUUUAAACGGUUGCGGCACAGUAAAUGAAACAUUACGACGUUCUCGCCGCGUUUCUGCAAUGAGAGAACGACAAAGUUCUAUUGAUGCUGCUCACUUAAAUAUAUUGGAAUCAGAUAAGGGAAAUGGAAAACCUAUAAAUAACUCAAAACAACAUAAAAGCGCCAGGAAUUGUGUCGCUUCUUUAAAAAAUAGUGUCAUAGAAAGAUACUUUGGCCUUGAUUCGAAAAAGGCAAUUGCGAACGUCAAAAUAAAUAAACCGAAUAUUCAAAAACAUCGAAAAGCUAUAUUAGAUUUACUAAAUACGGGAUCUAUAAAGGAGUUGCAAAUACUACCACAAAUUGGUCAAAAAAUGGCAUUUCAGUUGGUGACUCAUAGAACAUUAAGUGGGAAAUUUAAAAACCUGACUCAACUCGAAAAACUCCCAAUAUGGCGUGGAAAUUCUUGGAUACGUUUUGCACAGGCUAAUUUACUAGUGGACUGAUACGAAGUCGUACAAACAUUUUUAUUUAUAGCGAUGGUCAAUAUAAGAUAGUUUCUAAUUUACAUAAAAAUGUUUUACAAUUUUCCAUAAAAAAAAGAAAAAUAAAAAAAUUAGAAAAUAUUAUCGAUAUCAAUAUCAAA